AAAGACAAUUUCAUUUCCCCUGAAUAUUUUUGCUCAAACAGCUACAUCGUACGGGGGUUGGAGGAGCAAUAAACAGCGAUAUUUGUGCAAUUUUGCAUCUUUAAUAAGUAGACAGUGUCCGCGGUCAGCACAAACAUGUCGCACACAAUUUUGCUUGUCCAACCGACCAAGAGACCCGAGGGCCGCACAUAUGCUGACUACGAGUCAGUGAAUGAAUGUAUGGAAGGUGUUUGCAAAAUGUAUGAAGAGCAUCUGAAGAGGAUGAAUCCCAACAGUCCCUCCAUCACGUAUGACAUUAGUCAGUUGUUUGACUUUAUUGAUGACUUGGCUGAUCUUAGCUGUCUUGUGUACAGAGCUGACACCCAGACAUACCAACCAUACAACAAAGACUGGAUCAAGGAGAAGAUAUAUGUCCUGCUGCGACGUCAGGCUCAGCAGGCAGCAAAGUAAAGGCAUCAGUGACAGGUUGUCCUGCUACACACACCAAGGAGUGUUGCAAGGAGUUUGCACUACAUUUCCACAGCAUCGUAUAGAUCUGUGUAUAUGGACAACAUUGUCAGUUUGACGAGGGGUGGGUUUUCAUAUUAUACAUUAGAGAAGGUUUGUAAAAUGGGGUAAAGUCAGACAUUUUUGGCUUUAUAUUGAAGUAGGGUCGGCACGUGCUCGGCAGUAUACAUAUGUUUGUUACAUCAUGAGGACAGAGGGGUUAAUGGCUGCAAGGACUAACUUAUUGAUGGAGUGAGAUUCCUGCUUGGAGAAGUGCACCUCUGGCUGGAUCCAAAAUUUUUUGAUUGUCAAGUUUUUGGUAGUCUGCCUUCAGUUACCUAAAAGUUAUGUGACAUGUUUUUUUUUGUUUGUUUUUUAAUACCUUUACUAGGCAGUUGGCUUUCAACAUAUUGUGGAUUUUGAAUCAGGUGAUUUAUUUUUGAAUGAGCAAAUGUCUGCAGACUGACCGACCCAGUACUUUAACUGAUCCCAGGAGAUUUCUUUUCCAUAUUUCAUCUCUUAUUGUCAUUAUUGUUGCUAUAGCUUACAAUCAUUAUGUAAACUGUGUUGCUGUAAACGUUUUGUUUUGCAUAACAUCUGAUUUCAACUAUUGUUUUUGUUCUUUACUUUGAUUUAAACAAAAUAAACAAUGGUUUUCUGA